UGCUGGUUGGUGCCUGAAAUCUGUGCGUUGCCCCUUUAAUUGUGUCCCCAGCCCUCGGGCGUUUCUGUCCAACGCCCACGUCAGCAAAUACCUUUUGUUUCUCUCACGUUGGGGCUACUUGUUUUAGGGCGCAAAGGAACGGCCUCGAAAGGGGGUCCUUCCCCAGCCGAGAACCAGGAAUCUUCCCUCGGCCCGCGCGCGCGACCGGCCGGUGCGCCGCGGCCCGCGGACAAUCCUCCAAACACAGACUGUUUGACUUAGAAUCUUCCCUUUUUUACUCCAUUCAAGAGCAGCAUUCAUAAAUUUCCAGAAUGGAGAUCUCCUCUCAUCAGUCUCACCUCCUGCAGCAACUGAACGAGCAGCGCAGGCAAGAUGUAUUUUGUGACUGCAGUAUUCUAGUUGAAGGGAAGGUCUUCAAAGCACAUCGAAAUGUAUUAUUCGCUAGUAGCGGCUACUUUAAAAUGCUUCUUUCUCAGAAUUCAAAGGAGACAAGUCAGCCAACCACAGCUACAUUUCAGGCUUUCUCCCCUGACACUUUUACAGUUAUCUUGGACUUCGUAUAUUCUGGCAAACUGUCUCUUACUGGUCAGAAUGUCAUAGAAGUGAUGUCGGCUGCUAGCUUCCUUCAGAUGACUGACGUCAUAAGUGUAUGUAAGACUUUUAUUAAAUCUUCCUUAGACAUUAGUGAGAAAGAAAAAGAUCGCUAUUUCAGUCUCUCAGAUAAAGAUGCCAAUUCUAAUGGUGUAGAACGUUCCUCUUUUUAUAGUGGUGGCUGGCAAGAAGGAAGCAGUUCUCCACAUUCUCACCUAAGCCCAGAGCAAGGAACAGGUAUAAUAAGUGGAAAAUCUUGGAAUAAGUAUAAUUAUCAUCCAGCCUCCCAGAAGAAUACUCAACAACCCUUGGCCAAGCAUGAACCAAGGAAAGAGUCCAUUAAAAAGACCAAACAUUUGAGAUUGUCACAGCCUUCUGAAGUUACUCAUUAUAAGUCAAGCAAACGAGAAGUACGAACAUCUGAUUCUUCCAGCCAUGUUUCCCAGUCUGAAGAACAAGCACAGAUUGAUGCCGAAAUGGACUCUACUCCUGUUGGUUAUCAGUACGGUCAAGGAUCUGAUGUCACAUCCAAAAGUUUUCCAGAUGAUCUGCCUCGGAUGCGAUUCAAGUGCCCGUACUGCACACAUGUGGUGAAGCGGAAGGCAGACCUAAAGCGCCACCUUCGUUGUCAUACAGGAGAAAGGCCCUAUCCAUGUCAGGCUUGCGGGAAAAGAUUCAGCAGGCUAGACCAUCUAAGUAGCCAUUUUCGAACAAUUCACCAGGCAUGUAAACUCAUCUGCAGAAAAUGUAAACGUCAUGUGACAGAUCUAACAGGGCAAGUGGUUCAGGAGGGAACCAGGCGCUACAGACUGUGUAAUGAGUGUCUUGCAGAAUUUGGCAUAGACAGCCUCCCCAUUGACUUGGAAGCUGAACAACAUCUUAUGUCCCCAUCAGAUGGAGAUAAGGAUUCCAGAUGGCACUUGAGUGAAGAUGAGAAUAGAUCCUAUGUGGAGAUUGUAGAAGAUGGGUCUGCUGAUCUGGUCAUCCAGCAGGUUGAUGAUAGUGAAGAAGAAGAAGAAAAAGAAAUUAAGCCCAACAUUAGGUAGCUGUAAUGUGAACCAACAGAGCUGGCAUGUCUGCAAUUUACAUUGACUUCCUGUAUCUCUCUCUUUCUGUGGUCAGAGUCUAGUUAACAAAUUUAUCACACUGACUUUAAAGAAAUGAUCUGAUAUAACUUGCAUGCUUUCUGAACAGGCCAUUGUGUCCAUUCUGAACUUUGUUGCCCUAAAAUGUGUUGCUGCACUGGAAAGAAAGAACUAGCUUGAAGUUGGCAUGAUGGAUGAACAAUUAUCCUCUUACUUUCAUUACAGUCCUCUUACUUUAUUACAGAGAUACGCUUUUUCUUUUAAUAUUGGAGGAUCUACUUAGCAAACUUUUUUCAAAGAAAAUACUUUAAAUAAAUUCACCACAACCAAACUUUA